AUAUCAAGAACAACAUGAAGAAAUUUUCUGUGUUUUUCUGUGUGGUUGUGUUCUUGUUCUCCAAUCCCGUAGAAUCUAAGGCAGCUCCUCUAAAACAACAAAAUGAUGGAGUUUACAUCGUCUACAUGGGCGCAGCGGCUCCAUCCAAUAAUGGUGCCAUGCGAAAGGAUCAAGCUCAACUCGUCACCUCAUUGAUUAAAAGGAAAAGGAAUGCAUUGGUGUAUAGCUACACAAAUGGCUUCUCUGGAUUUUCAGCCAGGUUGACGGCGGAAGAAGCUCGAUCAAUCGCCCAAAAGCCAGGAGUGGUGUCUGUUUUCCCUGAUCCAAUUCUGCAGCUCCAUACAACUCAAUCAUGGGAUUUCCUCGACUCCUUUUCUAAUAAAAAAAUCUCUACUGCCAUCCGCCCCGGGUCAGCUCCUGACCAGCCAUCAUCUUCGGGUGAAGCAGAUAUCAUAAUAGGCAUCAUGGAUACAGGAAUCUGGCCUGAAUCUGCUAGCUUCAAUGACAAUGGCAUGGGACCAAUCCCGAACAGGUGGAAGGGAAAGUGCGAGAAAGGUGAUGAUUUCAACUCUUCCAACUGCAACAGGAAAAUAAUUGGGGCCCGAUAUUACCCGGAUUCCGACGAUCAGGGCGGUCAACUUUCAGAUAGCGGGUCGGCCCGGGACCAUAAUGGGCAUGGAACCCACGUGGCAUCCACGGCAGCAGGGUCCCUGGUUGAUGACGCGUCAUACUACGGCCUGGCUACGGGGACUGCCAAGGGUGGGUCCCCCAGUUCGAGAAUUGCCAUGUACCAAGUUUGCCGGUCUUUCGGAUGCCCAGGAUCCGCGAUCUUGAAAGGCUUCGAUGAUGCCAUUAAGGAUGGCGUGGACGUGUUGUCGCUGUCUCUGGGCGGUUCCGGUGGAUUCAAACCGGAUUUCACCACCGACGUUAUCGCCCUCGGCGCGUUCCAUGCGGUGGAGAAAGGCAUCGUAGUGGUCUGCUCCGCCGGAAAUAGUGGGCCCACACCUAGUAGUGUGGUCAACGAAGCUCCCUGGAUUUUCACCGUCGCCGCCUCCACCAUUGACCGCGAUUUCCAGUCACAAGUCGUCUUGGGCGACAAAACAGUCAUCAAGGGCGGAGGAAUUCAUUUCAGUAACCUCACCAAAACACCGGUGUACCCAUUGGCGACAGGGGAGUCGGUUAAACUGGACAAUGGUACUCGAAGCGUCGACGCAAGGGAUUGUGUACCACAAUCACUAGACCCUGCGAAAGCUAAGGGCAAGAUUAUUUUGUGUGAAACCCACGACACAGAUUAUGGCAAUGAUGACCGAAAAGAGGAGGUGAAAAGUGCCGGCGGGAUUGGAAUAAUAUUAAUAGACACAGAGGGAAGGUUCAUUGCGCCGAAAUUUGAUACUUUUCCGGGCUCUAUAAUCAUAGAAAAUGAAGGCAAUCAGGUUUAUAAUUACAUCAACUCAACCAGGAACCCAGUGGCAACCAUCCUCCCAACUGUGACAAUCACAGGAAAUAAACCAGCUCCUGUGGUGAUCUCUUUUUCUGCAAGAGGACCUUCCCUUGCAAGUACAAAUAUUCUCAAGCCAGACAUUUGUGCACCAGGGGUUGACAUUCUAGCAGCAUGGCCUACUGAAGCUAACCUCAACCGGCCUAUCCCUGGCAAGAACCCCCCAGGCUACUACAUAAUCUCAGGGACUUCCAUGUCCUGUCCGCAUACAUCUGGGAUUGUUGCCACAGUCAAGGCACAAAACCCAAAAUUCAGUGCUUCAGCAAUCAGAUCAGCUAUUAUGACCACAGCAAUACAGACAAACAAUCAGAAUGCACCAAUAACUACAUCAGCUGAAUCAAUCGCCACGCCCUAUGACAUUGGCGCCGGAGAAGCAAACCCCACGGCGUCGAUAGACCCAGGGUUGGUUUAUGAGACGGAGACUGCAGAUUACGCGCUGUUCCUCUGCGCUACAGGCUACAACACAUCCCAAAUCAAGCUCAUCUCCAAGACCAUUCCCAAGGACUUCCAGUGCCCCGAUAACUUGACAGAAGACGCCAUCUCUAGCAUCAACUACCCAUCAAUCGCCAUCUUCAGACCCAGGGACGGUGAGCCGCCUAAGACAGUUACCAGAACUGCAACCAAUGUUGGUCCUGAAGAAUCAGUGUACACUGCAACUAUAGAAGCAAUGACAGGCAUUAAGGCCACGGUGACACCAAACAAGUUGGUAUUUACAAAAGAGAAGAAGAAACUAACGUAUAAAAUGACUUUCACAGCUACUCCAUCAAUUCCCCAGAUUGACAUCUUUGGUUCAAUUAUAUGGACAAGUGGUAAAUAUAGAGUUCGAAGUCCAAUCGUUAUAGGCACUGCUUGAUUGUAACCUUAGUCACUCAGAUUUAAAACUAACAAAUAAUAAUGAUAAUUAUGUACGUGCGAUCCUACUCCAAUGAGGUGCAUGUAUAUCUGUUCCACAUUAAUGCCACACUGGCCGGUGUACAUACUUA